CGGCUCGAUCUCCCUAUCCCCUGAUUCCCCUCCAGCCUCUGCGUCCCCAUUCACCUCUCCUCCUCCUCUUCUUCUACCUCGCGCUCGCUCGCUUCCCUCGUAAACCAUCCGCGCGCGUGGUCCUUCCAUGGCGGCCGGGGCUCUCCUCCUCGCCAACCCCGCCGCGCCCACGGCGAGGCACCAGCACCGGUUGCUGCAGCAGCGGAGGCAGCCGCGGCUCCUCGCCUCCUCUCGGCCUCCCCGGUGGCGGCUCUCCGCCGUGCAGGAGACCAAGGAGGGGGAGGCCCAGACGGCCGAGGAGAUCACCGAGAAGUACGGCCUCGAGUUCGGCCUCUGGAAAGUGUUCAGCUCCAAGGAAGGGGAGGAGGAGGAGGGGAAGACGAGGAAGUCGAGGACGGAGCAGGCGAAGGAGCUCCUGGCCAAGUACGGCGGCGCGUACCUGGCGACCUCGAUCACGCUCUCGCUCAUCUCCUUCACGCUCUGCUACCUCCUCGUCAGCGCCGGCGUCGACGUGCAGGACCUCCUCGGCAAGGUUGGGAUCGCGACGGGGGAGACGGGAGGGAAGGUGGGGACGUUCGCGCUGGCCUACGCGGCGCACAAGGCGGCGUCGCCGAUCAGGUUCCCGCCGACGGUGGCGCUGACGCCGGUGGUGGCCAGCUGGAUUGGGAGGAUCAAGAAGGGGGGCGACUGAUCCAUCAAGUAUACUUUGAUCUUUGAAUGCGUGAAUUCGUUUUGAUCUUGGCUCGUUCGUACUGAAUCAUGACAAGUAUAUAUACUAGUGGUAUGUGAAUCAUGUAUGUAAGCUUAGAUGUUCAAGUAGAGGGCUACCCAGUAAAUCUGCUGCUACUUUUGUACAAACACAUGCUAAAACAGUAUAAUGAUCUAGUGUAUCCCGAAUUAAACUACUACUAGCAGAAAUGGGUGUUGUGCAGAUUCAAACACUCAUUAAGUUAUUAAUCAUAGGUACACAGCCAGAACAUUCAGAA